AUGGGAGAGAUAAGUAAAACUGGAUGGAGCAAAAUGACCAAGAUAGCCUUACUCUGCCACUUGAGAGUCCAGGAUUCUUUGUUUCCUCGUCAGAUCCAUGUUCAGAGCAAACAAAAUGAUCCAACUGUUUUGCUUGCUCUAUGGUCAAAUCCACACAAGCAGGAUGAUACCUACAAAAAACUCACACCACAAGCCAAUAAUCUAAUGGAGAGGGAUAUGGCUACUGAAAAACACUCACACCGCCACUCGAUCUGGAAGGAAAUUUCCAGAAGCGGGUUUGUACUCAAAACGGCAGUAGUAAUCAUCGGGACCCACAUUCUCCAGCUUGGUGUAAUUUUUGAACGAGUGCACGAUGCACUUUCCCUCAAUGGUGUGAGCACUCUGAAUGUCAUAAUGAUCAGACAAGAACAAUUCCUUAGCUCCAUGGAACUGUCUCCUUCCUCCAGCAGCCUCCUCUGGUCUAUAGUACCAUCUCACCCGAACUUUCACACUGUUACGGUUAUCAGUCUCGAUUUUCUCGAUACGCGCCACAUAAGGGGCUGA